AUGCCUUUCGUGGACUGGUUCUUUUACCACUCAGUGGCCAUGUGGCUUCUCCUUCAGAGUUUUGUUCUGAUAGCCUUUUGCUUCCACUCAGCCACCACCUUUCCCAAGGGCUGCUACCCCUCCAGCGAAGAUGGCUUGAAAACUUUCCGUUGUAGCAAAGCUCAGCUUAGUGUUAUCCCAAAGGAUAUACCCAAUGACACCAACAAAUUGUUCCUGGAUUACAACCAGAUCUCUUUCUUACCCAAUGACGCCUUCCAGAACUUGCCACUUCUGAUGGAACUAGACUUGUCCCACAAUGUUAUCAGCCGGGUGGAAGUCGGGGCCUUCCGGGGCUUGCCGGAAGGUUUGCAUUCUUUGGACUUGUCUUCUAACAAGCUGGAGUCAGUCAACAAGGAUGUCUUUAACCCGCUCAAAGCCAAAGCCAACUUGUCCAGCAACCCUUGGCUAUGUGACUGCACUCUUCAGCAGCUGAUUGAGAGGGUAGAGCUCGUUGCUGGCACUUCUGAUGGCAUUGUGUGCUAUGCCUCUGUGCGGAAGGAGCACAUUGGCAAGCCGUUCCUACAACUGGUUGGGGACAUAGAUUUCUGCAACAUCUAUAAAAAGACCACUGAUGUUGCCAUGUUGGUCACCAUGUUCGGCUGGUUCGCCAUGGUGAUCUCAUACCUGAUCUAUUAUGUCCGGCAGAACCAAGAAGAUGCCCGGCGACACCUAGAGUAUCUUAAGUCCUUGCCCAGCAAGCAGAAGAAGUCCGAGGAAUCUUCAACAAUUAGCACUGUGGUGUGA